CAGAGACACUCCCUCCCGGACUCUGUUCACAGACGGGGCGGAUGAAAGAGGUGUGCGGGUGCUGUGAUGGUUUCUCCUGAGCAGGAACUCUGAAAAGCGGCCCUGCCGCACAUCUAUAGGAACAACAGUAGGUGCAAUGCCCAGUGUGGGGUUUGAAUUCAUAAUCUUGAGAUUAAGAGUUGGCAUAGCUACAGACUGAGCCGGUCAGCCCUUCUACAUAUGUCCUCCUUGUAAGGGAUGAAGAGAGAGGGACCCCUGGGUGGCUCAGUUGGCUGAAGUCCGUACCGGUGAGAGAGGCAGCCGGCCAGGACCCGCGGUGGCUCUGGGGUCCCGCCUCCGGGGACGCCGUGCCAGGCACACUGAGCAUGCAAGUCGCCCUUGUGAUGACAGCUUGGCUGGUUUCCGUAGUUCUCAGUCACGAAUAUGGAGCGAACAGUUUGCCCGACAUCAAAAAUGAAGAUUUCAUCAAAGACUGUGUUCGAAUUCAUAACAAGUUCCGAUCAGAGGUGAAACCAACAGCCAGUGCUAUGCUAUACAUGACAUGGGACCCAGCACUAGCCCUAAUUGCAAAAGCGUGGGCAAGAAACUGUAAGUUUGCACACAAUGGACAGCUGCAUUCCAACAGGCUGCACCCCAAUUUCUCUUCAGUGGGAGAAAACAUCUGGACUGGCUCUCUAUCCCUAUUCUCUGCAUCUUCAGCCAUCACAAGUUGGCACAGUGAAGUUCAGGACUAUGACUUCGAGACUCAGAGAUGCACCAAGGUCUGUGGCCAUUACACUCAGGUCGUGUGGGCAGACAGUUACAAAGUUGGAUGUGCAGUACAGCAUUGCCACACAGUCGAUGGCUUUAGACAUGUAACCAACUUAGCACAUUUCAUAUGCAACUACGGACCCGGACAAAGCUACCAAAGGCCAUAUAGAAAAGGAUCUACUUGCAGCGCGUGCCCCAGAGAUGACAAAUGUUUGGAUAACCUCUGCACUAACCUAAAGCGAGACAAAGUCACAGAUUACUACUCGAUUGUGCAUCCUGAUUGGCCAAUAUCUUUACGGAACAGAUACCUAUCUCUCUUUCUCAUUGUUAGUCCACCAAUCCUAAUACUGAGUGCUAUAAUGAUCCUUUGGGUCAAGCACAAAUACCCUCACUUAAUUCUUCCGAACUAAUAAAAUCCACAAAAAACACAA